GUCGCUUCGAGAACCUGUUGUUGCCGACACACACCAACAUCACCAAACCUGACGACACGCUCAACGGCGACAUCAAUCACGAUUUUUUUCGUCUUUACAGAGUCAAAACUUCCAAGCUCCACACUUGGAAUAAUUUACGCUGUGUCAAAGUGCAGCAUCGACUCAGCUACCCCUGACCUUGAGAAUCAUCACUCCCUGUAUUCGACGCGCGUAUCUUCAAAGACGACAAAGGCGUGAAAUUUUGCAAUCGAGCUUUUCACCUGCCGCCAGAGCCCGACCCCGUACAAAGGGAAAAAAUUUGACGCGACAAGUCCCGUAACCACCGGGCCCCAAACAACGCAAGUCAGCUUCAAUUCCAGAAGCCCACCGUCGUCAGCCGCUGCACCACAACGUUGCAAAGACUCCCCCACACCAGUACUGUUGCCUCGCCGGCUCCAGAUUUUUUUUCGACGACGCAAUCCAAAGCGAUUUUCCCGCCGAGCGCGCAUCAUCGAUUAUUUACAUCCUAAGAGGUGACAAUAAAUCUUCACGAUUUUUUAUUGCGGCAACAUCAACAAAAUAGCAGCUUCUACCGUCGCAGCCCGUUGGAGGUGUUCUGCAUCUUGAGGCCUUCGUGAGCCGCACCCCAGGGACUUGAGUCUCGACCAUCGCUCGCGGCCGGCCGAUUGACAGAGAGGGUGUGUUUGGUGAAGAGAGAAGUACCGAUACUGACACACUCGUGCGGAUCACUCCGACCGAGGCUGCCGUCUGUAAAAGCGGCACUUUAAAUUUCGCCCAACCUACGACCACCCGCCAGCUCAGUGGUCGGCGUGAACAUCGAAAUGGCGGAUCAACACGACGUCGACCUCGACUCGAUUAUCGACCGUCUGCUCGAGGUCCGAGGCAGCCGCCCCGGAAAGCAAGUUCAGCUUCUCGAAGCUGAGAUCAGAUACCUCUGCACCAAGGCCCGAGAGAUUUUCAUCUCACAGCCUAUCCUGCUUGAACUCGAAGCUCCUAUCAAGAUUUGCGGCGAUAUACACGGACAGUACUAUGAUUUGCUGAGACUUUUUGAGUACGGAGGCUUCCCUCCGGAGGCCAACUACCUGUUCCUCGGUGACUAUGUUGAUCGUGGCAAGCAGUCCCUGGAGACUAUCUGCCUUUUGCUCGCGUACAAGAUCAAGUACCCGGAAAAUUUCUUCAUCCUGCGCGGCAACCACGAGUGUGCCUCGAUCAACCGUAUCUACGGCUUUUACGAUGAGUGCAAGCGUCGGUAUAACAUCAAGUUAUGGAAGACCUUUACCGAUUGCUUCAACUGCCUGCCGAUCGCUGCCAUCAUUGACGAGAAGAUCUUUACCAUGCAUGGCGGUUUGAGUCCGGACUUGAACUCCAUGGAGCAGAUUCGCCGUGUUAUGCGCCCGACGGACAUCCCAGACUGCGGUCUGCUCUGUGACCUACUUUGGUCCGAUCCUGACAAGGACAUUACUGGCUGGAGCGAGAAUGACCGUGGUGUUUCGUUCACCUUUGGUCCCGACGUUGUUUCGCGGUUCCUUCAGAAGCAUGACAUGGACUUGAUCUGCCGUGCCCACCAGGUCGUCGAGGACGGAUACGAGUUUUUCUCGAAACGGCAACUGGUAACUCUGUUCAGCGCACCCAACUACUGUGGCGAGUUCGACAACGCGGGUGCCAUGAUGUCCGUGGACGAGAGUUUGCUGUGCUCAUUCCAGAUUCUUAAGCCAGCUGAGAAGAAACAAAAGUACGUUCAACGCCUGGGAGGCAGAAGCUCCAAUGCUUCAUCCAGGAACACCUCAUCCAAGCCCUAA